CCCAGCGGCGGCGGCGCAGGGCCGCGGGGUGUCGGCAGCAGCUGCAGCCGCCCGCGCCACCCCCCUCGGCCGCGGCUCCGGGGCGAGGGUGAGCGGAGCACGGCGGGCAGCUGCCACCCGGCGCCGAGUGGAGCGGCGGCCCCCGAGAACGCAAAGUUGUCAGUCUAAGCGCAGACAUGCCGGGCAGCGACACGGCGCUCACUGUGGACCGGACCUACUCGGACCCCGGCCGGCACCACCGCUGCAAGAGCCGGGUGGAACGCCAUGACAUGAAUACCCUCAGCCUGCCCCUGAAUAUCCGCCGAGGAGGGUCAGACACCAACCUCAACUUCGACGUCCCAGAUGGCAUCCUGGAUUUCCACAAGGUCAAACUCAGCGCAGACAGCCUGAGACAGAAAAUCUUGAAGGUGACGGAGCAGAUAAAAAUCGAGCAGACGUCCCGAGAUGGGAACGUUGCCGAGUAUCUGAAACUGGUCAGCAGUGCGGACAAGCAGCAGGCCGGGCGCAUCAAGCAGGUCUUUGAGAAGAAGAACCAGAAGUCAGCCCACUCCAUCGCCCAGCUGCAGAAGAAGUUGGAGCAGUAUCACAGGAAACUCAGGGAGAUUGAACAGAAUGGAGCAACCAGAAGCUCGAAGGACAUUUCUAAAGACAGCCUGAAGGAAAUACAACACUCUCUGAAGGAUGCCCACGUGAAAUCUCGAACUGCUCCCCACUGCCUGGAGAGCAGUAAGUCGAGCAUGCCAGUAUCCCUCACGCCCCCCGUGUUUGUCUUCAAUAAGUCCAGAGAGUUUGCCAACUUGAUCCGGAAUAAGUUUGGCAGUGCAGACAACAUCGCUCACUUGAAGAAUUCCCUAGAAGAGUUCAGGCCCGAAGCCAGCCCCAGGGCUUACGGCGGAAGCGCUACCAUCGUGAACAAGCCCAAGUACGGCAGCGAUGACGAGUGUUCUAGUGGUACAUCCGGCUCAGCUGACAGCAAUGGGAACCAGUCCUUUGGGGCUGGUGGAGCCAGCACCCUGGACAGCCAGGGGAAACUUGCCAUAAUCCUAGAGGAACUGAGGGAGAUCAAGGUUACCCAAGCCCAGCUGGCAGAGGACAUCGAGGCGUUGAAGGUGCAGUUUAAGAGAGAAUAUGGCUUUAUCUCUCAGACUCUGCAAGAGGAGAGGUACAGGUACGAGCGACUUGAAGACCAGCUCCAUGACCUGACAGAGCUGCACCAGCACGAGACAGCUAACCUGAAGCAGGAGCUAGCCAGCGCCGAGGAGAAGGUGGCCUACCAGGCCUAUGAGCGCUCAAGGGACAUCCAGGAAGCCUUGGAGUCCUGCCAGACACGAAUCUCCAAGCUGGAGCUGCAUCAACAGGAGCAGCAGACCCUGCAGACGGAUGCCGUGAACGCCAAGGUCCUGCUGGGGAAGUGCAUCAACGUGGUCCUGGCCUUCAUGACCGUCAUCCUGGUAUGCGUGUCCACCCUGGCCAAGUUCGUCUCGCCCAUGAUGAAGAGUCGCUCCCACAUCCUGGGCACCUUCUUUGCUGUGACUCUUCUCGCAAUAUUCUGUAAAAACUGGGACCACAUCUUGUGUGCUAUAGAAAGGAUAAUCAUCCCGAGAUGAGCCACCGGCUCCCGCCUUCGCAUCCUUCCAAGUUUUUAUUUUGAAGAAAACUCUGUGCAUACAUACUACCAAAAUUUCUGAAUGAACGGCUGUGCCAAAGACGGCGAGAAGGACCCAGAGCUGUGUGGUGUAAAUACGUAGAGUCUCUUAACCCAGUAGCAGUUGCCAACACAGUCCCUGUACGUGGUUCACGUGAAACUGUCCCAGAGUCGUCCUCACAUGGCUCACUGCCUUAAUCAGAGCAGAUCUCCAGCCCACUGUCGAGCUCGGCACCGUAAAGCCCUGCUGAUUGAGCGCCAUGACUGCUCGCAGCCGUGUUCUGAGUCCCCCUGGUCAGCAAGGAUAUGGUAGGGUUUGGGGGAAGUGAGCAAACACAGGUACUUGGCAGGGUUGAGCUCCUGGGGGCCUAUAGAAGCUCAGUGAGUCUCUCUGUGAUCUGCCCCACUUGUCCACAGGUGGCUCUGUGUCCUACUGUGUACCCCGCGUUCACAGCGGUCAAUGGCGUAUGUCCUCAUAACAUGGAAAUCUUCUACCUGCUCAUCCAGCGAAAGUCUGCCCGACUAGUAGCAUUGCACUUUACAAGGUAGACACUAGGAUUUACAGCCGGGCUCAUGCCCAGGGCAUCGCACACCUGAUUUCAUCCUGCGUGCUUAGCAGUGCUCUGCCCUCAGAGUGUGUGGUUGAGCUGUUAUCAAACUGUAGCUUUGGUAACUCGGGGUCCUUGUGAGCAUCCCUGGGGAGGGCCAUGCUCUGGCAACUGUUAACUGUGAUGAAUGCCCUUAGAGGGUGGGAUGCACUUUCUGUGAAUCACUGUACUCACAGGUCUGCGGGGAUCGGAUUGCAAAGCUUGCUCAGGAAAUGAAAAUGAAUGGCGUUCCUGUUGCCCGGUUUUCUUUUUCUCAGAGACAGCAAAAUCAAACUUCAUAAAGCUUCUGUGCACCGAGGCAGGACACUGGAGGCCUAAGAGGGAUGUGAACUUUUAGGUCUAAUCAAAUGGUGGCUAGAUUAGUGGGAGCCCUUUACCCAGAUGAGAGCAGGAAGGGUCCCCUUAGGGACGUGAAAGGCAGCAGGAAUAAAAUUAAGUCCUGCGCUGGAGCUGAGCUGCUGCUGUCUCUUAAGGCUCAGACAAGCCCUGAGCUCACAGGAUAAACGCACCACCAGUGAGCAGAAAGCGUACAAGAGCUGCUGUGUUUUAUUUGAUGGCUGCCAUUAUACUGACAAACCUGGUUUUCUGUGUACACUACCAAGAGGAGAGAGAUUUCAUUGGAUGCUGUCAGCCAGCCAGUCAGGACUCUGGUCCUCCCACCCCACCUGCUGAAGGUGUAAAGAUACUUUUAAAUACUUCCAGAAGAAUCUCUCUUGGAUUUAAGGAUCCUCACUUGCAAAUGGAUGUCCUUGGGGGCAUUCCCUGGGGGGGGGCAUUGGGGGUGGCAGCAUGUAGCAAUUUAGUACAAGUCCAGGUUAUAUGAGUGGGACCCACACAGCUCCAACCUUUGCCCCUCCCCCAUUCCCAACUUCCAAGUCAAUAAUUCGGCAAAUUCAGUAAAUUCAGUAAUUUUAGUAAAUUAAGUAUUUAACCAUCACCCCUAACCAAUUUCAGAGCCAAGCUUUUCAAAAAAUAAUAAAUAUAACUUUAUGAAAUACAAAGGAUUUUGAAAUCAGGGACGGGGGAGUCCCCAGCCCCUCUCCUACCCACAGUGUUGUCCCCACACAGGAGACAGAGGUUUCUAAUCCAAGAAAGGGAGAGCCAUGAUCUUCCCUUAUUCUUGUACUUUAAUGGCCUGCUCCCUUACCUGUGGCACCAGACUCCAUCUGCCUACACCCGGAAGCAAGCUGGGCUCUGCUGACCUCCCGUUCCUAUCUGUGAAUAUUUCCACGUGGCACUUAGAGCGUGCCGGGGGCCUGGGAUCCCCGUGAAUGCUGCUAUCGGGGUUUCAGGAUAAGUUUGAAUACAGCCUUAGAGGCUUAGCUAGGGCUCCGGGAGAACCCACAGAGGGGUUCUGUUCUCAUGUCAGCACCCGCCCCACCCCCACACAGCUAACAGGGCGGCUCUCGAUUGACACUUGUCAGACCUACAAGCUGUGUUUCUUCUUCCUGAUGAGAAAGCCCAAAACAGCACAGACCGAGCUUUGGACAGAAUCUGUUAGAGACCAGCACCAUUGUGAACUAGUCGGGGUGGGGGCAUCCAAGUCAUCAUAGGUUCCUCCUAAAGAACUUAGAUUCCCACCGACUCCCAUUAAAUGUCAAAUCACCUUCUCGGCCUGUGUACAUGCAGCUCAUGUGGCAUACUUGUUCUGGUCUUAUGGAAAAUUUGUGAGACUUUUUAUUUUUUUAAAUAAGAUUGUAUAGUUCAAGGAGACUUUGAUUCCACCGUUCUUUAUUCUCUCAAGGGCUACGACCCCUCUCUCGCUCUCUUGAACACAUAACUUACACACUGAAGAAAUGAAUUAUAUAAAUACACAAUUAGAGGUAGCAAUGGAGCUGCGAGGUGCCCUGGAAUUGGAAUAGAUUUGUAAUCGAGUCAGCCCAUCUUGUUUUGCACUUUACGUUGGGGGUAUUCCUCGUGUUGGGAGCUAGUUACAGAUGUGUGAGCAUGUUCCCUGCUAGCUAAGGAACACUGGUGAGGGAUUCUAGAUGCUGGACUUUGGAUCUCUAGUGACGAUAUCAUGCUCAAUCAUCAGAAGAGUGAUUACAGAGGGCAGGACAGAACGCUAAGAUACUAAGAAUAGUAAAUAUUAAAAAGGAAAAAGCAGCCGCUCACAGUGAAACAAGCGGUGACUUCAAGUGCUCUCUCUGAUUUGGACUGUGAAGGCAGGAUUCCCCAUCGCAAGCUCCUGGCUUGCCCAAGCUCCUGGCUUGUGACUUAGUUUUCAGCUGUUCUUGUCUUGUCCCCUGGCGUUCAUUCACAUACUCUGUAGCUCUUGACUUUCUUUAAGCAUCUUUAAGAAGGGCCCGGCCACUUCUCUAACACAGGGUGGAGCUGUGGUGAGGGAGCUUGUCCUCCCUGCCCCCCUCCCCCACCCCCCGCCCAGCAACUAAUUACUUGGUUCUUUUGGGUUGAAUUUUAAAUACCAAAUUACUUUUGUGUUGAACGGCAAUGUUAUCAUGGUGGUGGUGUUAAUGUUUUGUUCUGCUGUCCAAUCCAGACCUAAUUGUCUGGGUUUUGAAAAAACACAUGUACUCACUGAUAAGGAGGUGUAUGAUUAAACAACACAUUUUGCAUGUUUUCUUAAUUCUGACCUUGGGCUGGGGCAUGAAUAUGGGCUUAUUUGGAGAGAUGGUUCAAUGUUAGCAGGUAACUUUUAAGGUGUCUAAAAAAAAGACAAAUCACAGAAAACAAUUAGAUUGGCCUAUUUGUAUCAAAAAUACAGAGCUUUAAAAAACGUGUCACUAAUGGGAACUGGGUAACUUGUUAGAAAUAAAGCCAAAAUAUAAUUUUCUGUCAUGGAUAUAAUCCUGUGCAUAAAGAGUCUGGAAGUGAGGUGGAAUACCUGGGGUGUCUGAGGGUGGUUUACAUGUUGUUGUUCUCAUAUAUUUAAAGCAUGUCUGCCAUGUUUGUUCUAAAAGAAACAUUUCAACUAAACGUACCAUGUGUUUCAGAUGCGCUGGGGCAAUAGCAGCAAUUCUGACUGGACCGUCAGGAGUGCUAAUUGUAACUUCUGUUGCAGAAUUCUUGUGGGCUGCUACAUAGUUUUGUAUCUGCCUAAAGUUGUAAUUUCUCUGUAGAUCUUCCCCAUAGUGGUGUUGUCAAGGAAUUCAAAGCAGGUGCCAUUAUUUUUUAAAUAAUUGAUGUUUGCUUUGGUGUUAAAUAAAAGAACUAGAUUUCUUAAAUUUUCA